UCACCAUUCCUGCCCCCCCCCCCAAACUACAUUGCAUCUAUCCCCUAUGCCCCGCACAUAUGGCAAGAAGAAGCAGACGCGACUCUCCUUCGCCCCAAUAGGCUCCUCUCCCGUCCAGCAGAAUGAGCCCGCCUCGGACGGAGAGAGGGAUCGCCGGGCGACCCUCCGCUAUUCGCAUCCUUCCAAACCCACCAUUCUCUCCAGUCGCCCCAGGCAAGACACCGCUUCGCCUUCACCGUUUGUCAAGAAAGUCGAAAAAAUGGCCAAAGACAAGAAGCCCGUGUCGUCGUCGAAGGCCGUGAAGAAACAAUCCGCACGCAAAUCUGCGCGCCAGAAGGACAAAGAUCGCGCUGUGUCGCCUGCUGCUCCCGUUGUGAAGGUUGAGACAUCCUCCGACGAUGGGAGUGAGUCGCAUUCGGCGGAGGAGCAGAAGGGUGCUGUAAGAUCUACUCGCAAGAAGGGCAGCAGUCGCGCGAAGAAGGCGCCGGCUUCGGUUGUGAAGGUCGAAGCGACGUCUGACAAUGAGGGGGAAGAGGCGGGGUUGGUGGAGGAGCAGAAACCCGCUCGCAGGUCAUUGCGGAAGAAGAGUUCAAGGCAUACGACUUCUGAGUCAGUUCGAAGGGAGAAGUCAGCUGAAGGCGAGGCCAACGAGUCGGAUACGGUGGAGUCAAAGCAGGGUGCCCGAAAGAUUUCUCUGACGGGCCGCGAAGAGGACUCAAACAAAACGCCCGACCGUGCUGUUACACCAGAGCAGGAUAGUGAAAGUGACAUUGACAUGACUCGCAGCGCGCGCAAACGAUCUGCCCCGACGUCGCUGAAGCGAAAGAGAUCAGAAGAGGCUUCCAAUAGUGAGCCGUCUCUACAAGUCGUAUCAGACGACAGCGACGGCGAUGAAGUUGUCAGCAGACCUCGCCGAAAGCUUAGGCGGGGCACUAUUUCUCAGCCUGUCGAGGACGAGGACGAUGAUGAUUUGCCGACUGCGCCUCGAACGCCGCGUCGCGCCAGAGACCAGGAUGACUUGGACAUUGAAGAGGACCUCGAAGCUCUGCAAGACUCAGUGGUGAAGGAAACUAGGACCAGAGGCCGUCUAGCAAACUCCGCCAGAGCCCAAAGACAGCAACAUUUGGAAGCUCUGCGCCGUCGGCGAGCAGGAAAGUCUGAAUCGGACGAGGAGGAUUCCCAGCUCGAGGCAGGAGAGAGCGGAGAUGAAGGCGAAGGCGAGGGCGAGGAGAACGAAAGCGCUGCGGAAAGUGAGCAGGCCGCUGCCGCCAUCAAGCCCCGAUCGCUUAGUAGAAACGACGAUAGCGACGUCGAAUCAUCUAUUGCAGGCAAUGAUGAUUUAGACCGCUACGAGGAUGACUUCGUCCUGCAAGAUGAGGACGAUCUACUGGGUGCGCCCGGCGGUCUCGACGAAAUGCCAUUCGAGUUCACCCGUCACGCCUACAAGCAACUCAAAGAUUACUUCCAGGACGCGGUGGAAUGGAUGGUGCACAACAAGCUGAACCCAGCCUUUCCGCGCUCGAGUCCAGUCUACGAACUAGCCUUCAGCAAACUCGAGGACGAAGUCAAAGGCCGCACGGGAUCACAGCUGGUGUCGUCGGUGUGGACGGCCGAGUUCCGCCGCGCACUUCUGGCACGACCACACAUGGAAGUGACAUCCUAUCCGACCUUUGAUAACCAUCCGUGCGAUGCAUGCAAGCGCUCUGGCCACCCGGCGUCCUUUGACAUUAAGCUCUACGGCAAAGCCUACGCUUUGGACACCCUGGAACCGCUCGAGGAUGAGAACAGUGAUGAUGAUGACGACGACGAGGAGGAGCAGUCUGACAACGAACAAAGGGACAGCCGCGAAAGAGACCGAGACGGGCACGUCUUGCCGGACGAGAAUACGCGCUUCUACCUCGGACGACACUGCAAGACCAAAGCGAACCUGGCUCACACUCUAACCCACUGGCGCUUCCGUCUCAACGAGUGGGUGACCGACCACUUGCGCCUCAAGGGCUACCUGUCCGAUGCGCGCAUCCUCGAACGCAGCCACUGGAGCCACCGCAAACAAACCAAGUAUGCCAUCAAGGCAGUGGAGACGAUGGUCCAGGAGGGCGAGGUCAAGAAACUCUGGCGCGAUUUCCACAUCGAUCUGCGAACCGCCCGCGAAUCCAGUUCCCUCGGAUAGGAUCGCGAGUGCUUUGUUCCAGGAUGGGGUUCGAGAAACCUUCCCACUCAUCGCUCGAUAUAACCAGCCAGUCAGCCUCCUUCAGUUCUAGGCCGAGGGCACUUUCUCAUGCUGCUUCACUUGUCUUCGACACUUUUCCCAUGAGACAAUUCUUACGAGACUGAGGCAGGUUAACCAGAGAGGCGUUUUACCUCCACUUGCCUCGACACGUUUAUCUGUGCAUACUAGGG